CCCAGCUAGGCGCACCCAUCUCCGUCUUCCAUCCAUCCCCCCCCACAAGAAAGGAGCCGGGACACUUGCGCCGUGGUUCCUUACCACACCUUGCCCUGCCUCCACCAUCUCUCUCGUAUUUCUCACUCCGCAACCCAAGAUGCCCACCGUCUGUCUGACUUAUGCGUUCGAAACCUCUCCCUUCGGAGAAACACGCCGAUCCCUUCCCCAAGCCGUCGUGUCGUGGAGCGUCGCGGGGCCAAUCUCCGGACUCUCUGCAGCCUUGCCCAAGAUGUUGCGCUGACCAAACCAGCCCGGGCUACAACUUGGACAUUGGGCAACAUGCAAGUCGUUCACUCACUCACUCUCUGCCCCGCUCCCCGGGCUUCUCCCCCCUUCCCUGUUCUACUCGUCCGGUCCGAAGGGGAGGUACGGACGGGCGCAAACACACACACACACACACACACACACGAGUGAGUAGAUAGAUGACGAUCAGUGGGAAGAGGAAACAACAUAAACAAAUGCUUGAUUGGCCGGUCUCUUGCUCCGUCCGCUUUUGCACAUCGCCGAGGCCCAGCCCGACCUAGAUCAACACCUUCAUCCACCUCCUCCAGAGACAAGCUCAUCUCAAAUCACGAGUUUUCCGCGACUCGGUCGAUGGGACCCACUUACCCCCCCUCCUCCGGGAGUCCCUUGGGCCGGUCACUUCGAUUCUCUGGC